GAUGAUGAUGCAGACGGUGAAGGAGGGGAGGGGGCUACCACAGCAGCAGGAGCAGGGGAGGAAGCGAGUGGAGGAUGCUUAUCUUCAAGCAUGUGAUGACUGAUGCCUGAAGGUUGAGAGGCUGUGGCAGCAGGACAUGCGAGCAUCCAGCUUCAAUGAAGGAUGAAGAGCCCGGUGCACAGAUGCAGGGACGUGGAGCACGGCCGCGGGCAGGCCGGGGCUGGGACUGGGGACGGGGCCAGUGGAGGGUCCAACUGCCUACAACCUGAACAGCGCAUCCCUAUCUCCAAAGACGUCAUCACUUCCUCCUCUUCCUCAGCCUUGUGGUUCAUCAGGGACACCUGCGGCAUCGUGUGCGCCAUUAUAACGUGGCUGCUGGUGUUUUACGCUGAGUUUGUGGUGCUGUUUGUCAUGCUGGUGCCCUCCAAGAAUCUCACUUACAGCAUUGUGAACGGGACCUUGUUCAAUACUUUGGCCUUUCUAGCCCUCGCCUCACACCUCAGGGCCAUGUGCACUGACCCUGGGGCCGUGCCAAAAGGGAACGCCACUAAGGAAUACAUAGAAAGCCUUCAGUUGAAACCAGGUCAGGUGGUCUACAAAUGUCCCAAGUGCUGCAGCAUCAAGCCUGACCGAGCACACCACUGCAGUGUAUGCAAACGAUGCAUACGGAAGAUGGACCACCACUGUCCCUGGGUCAACAACUGUGUUGGGGAAAACAACCAAAAGUACUUUGUUCUUUUCACAAUGUACAUUGCACUCAUCUCUCUGCAUUCUCUGGUCAUGGUGGUCUUCCAUUUCCUCUACUGCUUUGAAGAUGAUUGGACAAAGUGCAGCUCCUUCUCUCCUCCAGCAACAGUCAUCCUCCUCAUCCUCCUGUGCUUUGAGGGCCUCCUCUUCCUCAUCUUUACCUCUGUGAUGUUCGGCACCCAGGUCCACUCCAUCUGUACCGAUGAGACAGGCAUAGAGCAGUUGAAAAAGGAAGAGCGAAGAUGGGCUAAAAAAACUAAGUGGAUGAACAUGAGGGCGGUUUUUGGACACCAUUUCUCUUUAUUGUGGUUAAGCCCCUUCUCCACCCCUGACCACGGCAAGGCUGAGACCUACCAGUAUGUGGUGUGAGGGAGCUCAGGACAGGGAAUGAGGCCUGGAAAAGCUGGCCUGUUUGCUCCCACUUACAGUGUACGUCCCACACAAGCCAUGGACAGCUUGUCAUGUGCUCUUUGUGCUGCCAACUAAGUGAGCAAUGUCUUAUUAUUAUUAUUAUUUUUUUUUUUGUUUGCCUUUACAAGUUGAGUUGCAGAGAAAAAGAAACACUGUCUGUCUUUUUGCGAACACUGUGAUAAAUCAGUUUGGGUUUUGUUUUUUCUGGUCUUUUCUCUUAUUAGAAGCUGUCUGUUCUUGCUUGGUGCAUAAUCUUCCUGUGUUUUGUUCAAGGAUACGUUCAGCCAAAUUACAAAAGAAAAAGGAAUAUAAUAGGAAAUGACGUCACUUCAUCCUGCAGGUACAGGGCUGUUUUUGUAGGUUAGUUGACUAAAACGGUGAAAAAUCAAAAUUAAAUCAGUUGAUUAGAUUAUUAGAGUAGCCAGAAGAGUUUAACCUGCAGGUUUUUAUCAGGGACAUGUAAAGGAAUUCACCUACCUCAUCUGCUGAAAAAUGUAUUUAGCCACUGGUUUAGUCCAGGUACACCUACUGAGAUAUAUCCAGUAUACAUGAUGCUUUUCGAAAGAUUUCAUGCCCCUUGAUUUCUUCCCAUUGAACAAUGUGUAAAACUGUAAGAAACGUAUCCCAAAAGUCUUGCAGCUGGAACUGCAGUUAAAAUUGGUUCUACAAAGUUUUGGGUCAUGAGAGUUGAAUAAAUAAUUCUCUGCACUACUGUGGAUAAGAGAUGCAGCGAUAAAUCGGUGCUGAUUUCCUUCAUGUUGGGUGAUGGGUGACUGAAGGUCUGAAAAUCAGCAGGUGCAGCAGGUCACCUCUGCACACGAGUGAUUAACAGUCACUUCACUUUUGCCGACUUGGUUUAUUUUCCCACCUGAUAGUCUGUUAGACUCAGUUUGACUGGGGACCAAAAUUGCAACAUUUGUUAUUUUCAGCUGAUACAGUUUUCUUUCACACUACAGUGUGUCAAACGAACCAAACCCUUUGAAAGACCUGUUCCCCUCCUUGCCUGUAGAGAGGCGCUGUACCAAGAAAUGACAUGAAGGGAAAUGACAUGAAAACCUCUGAAGAUAUUGAGAGGAGCUUCUUUCUUCAUAAAACCAAAAUCAGAUUUUAGUUGUAGGAUUUUUCUUUUGGUGUUGGUAAAAUACCACAAAAGCCGUUAUUCCAGCUAGCAUUAGACUCGCCUCUCUAUUUUGGUUGUAUGAGGCGAGUCUAAUGCUAGCUGGAAUAACGGCUUUUGUGGUUAAUGAGGACUGAACAGGGCUGGUAUGAAUGCAUACUUAACAUUUUUGUCACUAUAUUUAUAUAUAGUAUAUCUAUAUAUUUUUGGACUUUCUAGACCAAAGAAUUUGCAUUAAGUCAAAAUCUAAAUCGGCAGGUCAGGCUUUUAAAUGAUGGGUGAUCUGUCAGAAAACUACAAUCAGUGGACUCCUAUUAUGCACUAGUUUGUGCCAAUCUCUCACCUACAAUCCUAUGUAAAUACAUUGUGACUGAAUUGUGAUGGAAGGUGAACGAGUUCAAGGUGUGAGACACGUUAGGAUUUAUCUGUAGGUGUACAAGCUGCUACACAGCCUCUAAUCAUCUAAAAUAUUUGUCUUCUGCUACACUCCUAAGAUGAGCUGAAAUGGGAAUUUAGUGGUAAAUAUAUUCUGUAAUUUAGCUGAACGAUCUUUGUAUUUUUUUUUUGUUUUGUUUUUUUGUGUUUUUGGACUGGCAAAAUUCCGUUUCCUAAUUGAAGUGAUUCCUUUUUGAAACCAGAUCCAUGAGCUUUUAAUUGCUGCCAAAAGCUGCACAUCAGCAGCUCCUUUAUUGCUGUUUCAAGUUGGGUUGAACUAUUUUUAUUUAUUUAUCUUUAUUGUUUUGUAUGAAGGGCAGAUUCUAAGAAUCAGAGAAACGAAAGCUGUUUAGUUUACCUCUGAUCAGCCUCCAUCUUUGCCGCUUCGCUUCUUUUUGCCUUCAGUCUUUCACAGAGUUCUCAGGUGUCUCGGCGUCACAACGUUUGUUUAUUUUUGUAUUUUGGAAGUGCAACAAGUGGUGAAAACAUACUGAAGCUAAGUGCAGCACUGAUGCAUCACGCUUUCAAAAAAAGCCAAUAAAUUAUGACAACUGUUGAAAAUGUAUCAGGAAAGGGAAAACCAGUGGGAAACGGAUUCAGAUGUUGCCACUUGUUGCAGCUCAAGCAUUUUCUCUGAAAACUCAGACCUGAAGGUGACUUCCUGUUCGGACACUCGGUCAAUAAUAACCAGAUGUAUUAUUUAUGUUUUUAUACCUCCUUUUUUUUUUUUUUUUUUUACUAUUUGUGGUUUGAGUUAGAGGUAGGCGAUAGACUUAAAAUCUUAUCACAAUAUUUCAUGGUGCUAUUGUGAUAAUGAUACAAGUGCUAAACUAUUAUUACUUUACAAUCUGUUUUAGGAAGCUGAAUGGCUGCAUGACGGUAAUCACAGCCCCACUAACACAAAUACUGCUUUACAAAAAAGGCCUGUUCCUGAUGGCAGUUUCUUAGAGAAGUGUGAUUUCUAUCCGUUGACUACACACUGUCACUGCGUUUGACCAUAUUUUAAUAUUUAUUGAUGAUCUCAUGGAACAAACAGUGGAAAAAUGGUAACACUUUUUCUUUCUUUUUUUAAUUUUCAAGAGUCAUUAUUGUAAUUACCGUAAAUCAAAAUUCUUCAAAGAAAAUUUUCUCGAAAUAUAUAAAAGAUGUGAUAAAUGCCCAGCCCCAACUUAAGCUCUUUGAAUUUUAUAAAAUUGUGAUAAAAACUCCAUUGGAUACUCAAUGUCUUACGGUUCUAAAAUAUUUGAAAGGUACUGCUGUAAACAUUUAUUUUCUCAUGUUGUGGAACAGGCAUGGGCCGGGCUGGUUCCUGUAGAGGAAAGUCUUUGUAAUGAGACAGAGGAGGAUGUGCUAGAGUGACUGCAGUAUUCUUCGGCUCAUUGAAACACACAGUAACUCACACACACGCCCUUCUCCCACCUCUGGCUGCUUACUACACCACAGCUGGCUGAAAUAAUGGAUAUGUAAAUGUUAGUGGAUGCCUUUUCAUCUAUUACUAAAACACGAGGUGAAAUCUGAACUUGAAAAGUUGACUUCUGAAAACUCAAUUUGCUCCUUUCACUUAAAAAAAAAAAAAAUCCCAAGAGAGCAAAUUUUGCAUCCGCAUCAGUAUUGUUUUUUCCACCACUUUGCAUGGUAUUUUAUCAACUUGAGGGAUACAGAGUCUGUUAUGAGACACCGGAGCCUCUGUAGUAACGAGACCACCCUGUGCUGUGGUUCUGUUUUGUUCUACACAUCUGUGUAGUAAUGUCUAAAGAGCAAUAGAUGUCAUUACUUUAAUAUAGUAGUUUUUUUUUUUUUUUGCUAUAAAUUAUGUAAAUACUGUGGUGGCGCAACCAUGACAACCCAGGAGCUAGAUCUUAUUACAUCAUUUAUGCAUUUCCAAAUGAAAUCAACAACCAGUAAACCCAAAAACACAUGUUUUUUUUGUUUUUUUUAAA